AGGCUCGCCGUGCCCGUCCCUCGCCGAUUUCCCCGGCUAGCCGCGGCUAGAGGCGCCGGGCGCCGGGGUCGCGGAGAUGUCGUCGCCGUCGCCGCCCGCGCCAGUUGCCUGCGCCGCCAUCUCGGCCUCGGAAAAAGUGGACGGCUUCACCCGGAAAUCGGUGCGCAAGGCUCAGAGGCAGAAGCGCUCGCAGGGCUCGUCGCAGUUCCGCAGCCAGGGCAGCCAGCCGGAGCUGCACCCCCUGCCCCAGCUCAAAGAUGCCACUUCAAAUGAACAACAAGAGCUUUUCUGCCAGAAGCUACAGCAGUGCUGUAUACUGUUUGAUUUCAUGGACUCUGUUUCAGACUUGAAGAGCAAAGAAAUUAAAAGAGCAACGCUGAAUGAACUGGUUGAGUAUGUUUCAACUAAUCGUGGUGUAAUUGUUGAAUCAGCGUAUUCUGAUAUAGUAAAAAUGAUCAGUGCUAACAUCUUCCGUACACUUCCUCCAAGUGAUAAUCCAGAUUUUGAUCCAGAGGAGGACGAGCCCACACUUGAGGCCUCUUGGCCUCACAUACAGUUGGUGUAUGAAUUCUUCUUGAGAUUCUUGGAGAGUCCUGAUUUCCAGCCCAGUAUUGCAAAGAGGUACAUUGAUCAGAAGUUUGUACAACAGCUCCUGGAGCUUUUUGAUAGUGAAGAUCCUCGAGAACGCGACUUCCUGAAGACCGUUCUGCAUCGGAUUUAUGGGAAGUUUCUUGGGCUGAGAGCGUUCAUCAGAAAGCAAAUUAACAACAUUUUCCUCAGGUUUAUAUAUGAAACAGAACAUUUCAAUGGUGUGGCUGAACUCCUUGAAAUAUUAGGAAGCAUCAUCAAUGGCUUUGCAUUGCCACUGAAAGCAGAACAUAAGCAAUUUCUAAUGAAGGUUCUUAUUCCUAUGCAUACUGCAAAAGGAUUGGCUUUGUUUCAUGCUCAGCUGGCGUACUGUGUGGUGCAGUUCCUGGAGAAAGACACAACCCUGACGGAGCCUGUGGUCAGAGGACUGCUGAAAUUUUGGCCAAAAACAUGCAGUCAGAAAGAGGUGAUGUUUUUAGGAGAAAUUGAAGAAAUCUUAGAUGUCAUUGAACCAACACAAUUCAAAAAGAUUGAAGAGCCCCUUUUUAAGCAGAUAUCCAAGUGUGUCUCCAGUUCUCAUUUUCAGGUUGCAGAAAGAGCACUGUACUUCUGGAAUAAUGAAUAUAUUCUUAGUUUGAUUGAAGAGAAUAUUGAUAAAAUUCUGCCAAUUAUGUUUGCCAGUUUGUAUAAAAUUUCCAAAGAACACUGGAAUCAGACCAUUGUAGCACUUGUGUACAAUGUGCUGAAAACCCUAAUGGAGAUGAACGGCAAGCUUUUCGAUGAUCUUACUAGUUCCUACAAAGCCGAGAGACAGAGGGAGAAAAAGAAAGAAUUGGAACGUGAAGAAUUAUGGAAAAAAUUAGAAGAGUUGAAGCUAAAGAAGGCUCUAGAAAAACAGAACAGUGCUUAUAACAUGCACAGUAUUCUCGGCAGUACAAGUGCCAAAUAAAGAUCAGCUCCCACCUCUGCUGGGUGGGCAGUUUUGUACACUUUUUUGGAAUAUAUAAAAACUUCAAAGCAAACCUCAUCAGUAUAAUAUAAUUAGGAGGCCAGUUUUUCCUGGCAAGUGUAAGCGAAAGAAAUCUGGACUAAACAUAGCCCUGUGCUGUAUCAUGGCCACAGUCUAUUGUAACCUUUGCCUAAUCGAUUGUCACCGUCAUCACGUUAGGAGUGAGGUGGGAGUGGGGAGAAUCACGACUUGAACUUGUGAUUGUGCUGCACACAGAGCGGGUCGUCUUCUGUGCUUUCACAGUGCUGCAGCCCUCGUCACAUCUGAGGAAAGAGCUCCGUCAGAUGAACUGAGGUGCUGUCCUUCCCUUCUCCUAGGGAGAGGGUGGGGUAAAGGCCCACAUCUUUGAAGACACUGCCAUUCUCUGGGUUCUGUGACACCUUGCAGUUCCAGGCUUCUGAAGCACAAAGUAUUAAAGCUGGGGAAAGUAAACCAAAAUUCUGACUGCUCCCAAAUACCCCUUCAGCAGCAGCACCCCAGAGUGUAACAAAGUAGCAUCAGCGGGUGGACCCUAGGCUCACCUCUCCUUCAUUCCUCUCCAAGGCUGGAGGCAGGGCCUUCCCAGUCCUCGACUGCCCGACCCCAGGCCUGCCUGCAGGGUGGAGGCUCUGAGUCCCACGGUGUGAUGCGGACUGCUAGCUGUCACUGCUUUAUUUAAAGGAAAUGCAUUGACUGUGUAGAAGCCUUGUAUGUGCUUACCUGGUCAGGUAUUUCUCACAUGUUGUUAUCAGUACCAUUCCAACCUCUUGCCUUGCUGUUGUAUGGAAACCUGUUUUAUAAUGAAAGAUCUUCACUGGGGAUUGAGCAGCAUUUAAUAAAGUCUAUGUUUGUAUUUUGCCUUA